AUGGCUGCCGAUUCAACUGUCGUCUCCAACACGGAGAAUCUCAUGAAGUACAUGUCUCUGGACCAGCGCGGUCGCGUGCAGGCCGAGUACGUCUGGAUUGAUGCCGUUGGUGGCACUCGUUCCAAGACCAAGACUCUCUCGAAGCCCGUCAAGUCGGUUGAUGAGCUUCCCGAAUGGAACUUCGAUGGCUCAAGUACUGGCCAAGCCCCCGGUGACAACUCCGAUGUCUACCUCCGCCCCGUCGCGAUCUUCCCCGACCCCUUCCGCCAGGGUGACAACAUCCUCGUUCUCUGCGAAACCUGGGAUUCCGAUGGAAGCCCCAACAAGUUCAACUUCCGUCACGAUGCCGCCCGCCUGAUGGAGACCCACGCCAAGGAGGACUUCUGGUUCGGUCUCGAGCAGGAGUACACUCUUCUCGGCACUGACGGCUGGCCCUACGGCUGGCCCCGUGGUGGUUUCCCCGGUGCCCAGGGUCCUUACUACUGCGGUGUCGGUUCCGGCAAGGUCUACUGCCGUGACAUCGUCGAGGCUCACUACCGCGCCUGCUUGUAUGCUGGUAUCAACAUCUCCGGUAUCAACGCCGAGGUCAUGCCCUCCCAGUGGGAGUACCAGGUUGGCCCCUGCCCCGGUAUUGACAUGGGUGACCACCUCUGGAUGUCUCGCUUCAUCCUUCACCGCGUCGCUGAAGAGUUCGGCGUUCGCAUUUCCUUCGAGCCCAAGCCCAUCAAGGGUGAUUGGAACGGUGCCGGUCUUCACUCCAACGUCUCCACUGCCGCCACUCGUGCCGAUGGUGGUAUGAAGGUCAUUGAGGCCGCCAUGAAGAAGUUCGAGGCCCGCCACGUCGAGCACAUCGCCGUCUAUGGUGAAGGUAACGAGGAGCGUCUUACUGGCCGCCACGAGACCGGUAACAUCGAGAAGUUCUCAUAUGGUGUCGCCGACCGUGGUGGCUCUGUCCGUAUUCCUCGCCAGGUCGCCAAGGAUGGCAAGGGUUACUUCGAGGACCGCCGCCCUGCGUCCAACGCUGAUCCUUACCAGAUCACUGGUAUCAUCGUUGAGACUAUGUGCGGUGGCCUUUAA